AUGCUUGCGACCUUCAGCAGGAGGCAAGCCCAGAGAACAUGUUCUGGAGCCCGAGUGACUAUUGUGUUGUUGGUGGCUCGGGCCGCGUGUUUUCGCCAAGGACUGCCUCAAUCCGCGAAGGUUUGGCCUCGAAGCUCGACGCCCAGGGGGCGCGGCUCGGCGGCUCCUUCACAGAAUCCGUGGAUGGCCAUCCCUCGUUCCCAGCCUGACUCCGUAAUCGCGUGUGGCGGUGGGAUAUCGGGCGAGGAUAACGACAGGGUGUCUCUGAAGCUCAACCAGCACGAGUUCUUGAUGGAGCUCGCCUCCAGGAGCGCCAACGAGACGCAGGUCCCGCUGGAGGUUCUCACGACGAGCACCGGCUCGAUCUUGACGAACUUCAGGGAAUACGCUGCAGUUGUUUUGAGCUUGUUUGUGGGCAGACAGGAAACUGGCAAUGCCUUCGCCGACGUACUCUUCGGAGUUAUGAAUCCAUCAGCGAAGUUGCCCGUGAUGUUUCCUGUGAAGGAGUCAGAUGGCGUGUCCGCCUGUGGGGAUCAGACUUGCUUCUUAGACGACGGCUUGUUUCUUGGCUGGCACAAUUUGAUCGGCAAGGAUGCUGCAUUCGAAUUCCUGCGUUGCUUCACACGAGCUUCGUCGCUGGAGUCUGGCCAGAGCGAGGUUGUCACCUUCGGCUCUCCGCGCGGAACUUUGUCCAUCCGGUAG